AAACAUGAGCAAUCCUCAGCCUUUAAAGGAGGAAAGGUAUGACAUGUCAGGCGCCCGUCUGGCCCUGACACUGUGUGUUACCAAAGCCCGGGAAGGUUCAGAGGAAGACCUGGCAGCCCUGAAACGGAUGUUCCAUCAGCUGAAAUUUGAAAGCACCGUCAAGAAAGAUCCCACCGCCGAGCAAUUCCAGGAAGAACUGGAUAAAUUCCAGCGGGACAUGGAUGCCCGGGAGGACUUCAUCAGCUGCGCCUUCGUGGUGCUCAUGGCGCAUGGCCAAGAAGGGCUCCUCAAGGGGGAGGAUGGGAAGAUGGUGAAGCUGGAGAACCUCUUCAAUGUUCUGAACAACAAGAACUGCCGGGCCCUGAGGGCAAAGCCUAAGGUGUACAUCGUGCAGGCCUGUCGAGGAGAAAGAAAGGACUCCGGUGAGGUCGUAGGUGGAGACAGUAUUGCGAUGAUUAAAGACAAAACCCAAACCAUCCCCACGUACACGGACACCCUCCACGUCUACUCCACCGUUGAAGGGUACCUCGCCUACAGGAGUGAGGAGAAGGGCUCCUGCUUCAUCCAGACCCUGGUUAAAGUGCUCACAGAGAAGAAGGGAUCCAUCCUGGAGCUUC